AUGCCAAAGUCAGAGCUUCCGAAAUCACCUCUGGCGAAGCCAGUCCUGCCGAUUCCAGAGAUGCCGAAGGCACCUCUGGCGAAGCCAGCUCUGCCGAGUCCAGAGAUGCCGAAGUUACCUCUGGAGAAGUCAGUUCUGCAGAGUUCCACCGCACAAGGUUCAAUUCUGCCAAGUUCCACUCUGACGAGCCCUUAUGAAGAAAAAGGACCAGAGCAGAAGAAAAAGGAAGGAGAGAAGGAAGAUCAGCCAAAAGACGGAGUGAUGGAGGAAGGAAAAGAGGCCAAACUACACAAAUCCACUACACCUUAUCGGCCACCAAUUCCUUUUCCGGGCAGAUUGCGGAAUGAAAAGAUGGAUAAACAAAAAGUCCCAGCGUAUGUGAAGUUUUUUAAGGAGUUAGUCUCCAACAAGCGGAAGUUCGAGGACAAUGAGAAGGUUCUGGUCUCAGAAAUUGCGAACUCGAUCAUACAGCAGCCUCUGCCACCAAAGCAACGCGACCCAGGUAGCUUCGUGAUUAAAAUUGCUUUAGGAAAUGGUAAGGAAGCUACGGGAAUGUUAGAUUUGGGUGCUGGAAUUAACCUUAUGCCUUACUCUAUUUUCAAACAAUUAGAGUUAGGUGAUUUGAAACCCACCCGCAUGUGUCUACAACUCGCCGAUAGGUCCGUUAGAUACCCCCGUGGGAUCAUAGAGGAUGUUUUAGUGAAUGUUGGGGGCUUGAUUAUUCCCGUAGAUUUUGUGGUUCUCGACAUUGGGGAGGUGCAUGAAAAUGGUGUAGAGCACACACUACUGUUAGGAAGACCGUUUAUGGCAACCACUAACACCUUAAUUGAUGUUAAGGAUGGAAAUAUUAAAAUGACUGUGUUAGGGGAGUCAGUGUCUUUCUCUGUGCAUGAUAGUCGUGCUAUGCCUUCUGCAAAUUUUAUCAACGAAUGCUCCUUUAUAGAUCCUAUUGAUGGCUUGGUUGAGAAGGUAUUUUUACAGGAGCAGGAGUGUGUGGAAGUCUGUGCUGGAUCGACAGACAUGGAAGAGCUAGCUCGGGAAGCUAAAGAGUUCAGCUCUCCACUGCCCAGCGCUGCCCCCUUCAGCUCUGCAACCUUCAGCUCUCCACUGCCCAGCGCUGCACCCUUCAGCUCAGCUAUGCCGAGCUCUGUGCUGCCCCGCUCUGCCCAGCCAGUUAUGCCGAGCUCAGCCAUGUCUAGUCCAGCUCUGCCGAGCUUAGUGCUGCACUGCCAUACGGAGCUGCCCAUUGAUGAACAGAUGAGAACCACGAGGCCAGCGCUGGAACUGAAGGAACUCCCAGCCAAUCUCAAAUACAUGUUCUUAGAAGAGAAAAAGGAAAAGCCGAGGUUCAGAUCGGUAGCGUUGUCCCUGAAUAAAGAAGGCGUGUUGCCAAAGGACGUGUUUGACCCUGGCGCAGCCCAUUCUAAGGAGAAUUUCAGAGGAGACAGACAUCGCAUGAAAUCCUACUAUGGGCGGAGUAUUCCGAUGGUGGUGGAGUCUCACACUCUGCACGAUCCUCACUAA